AGAACAGCCACCUAUUUCCAAACAAAGUUUUUGCUUUCAUAUAGAAAACUUGGUCAGCUUAUUAUUGAAAGGAAGUGUCUAAAGAGUUCAUAUAGUUCCUGUAAUAUUCCAUACUUGUAUCUCCAUAAGCUCCCCAUGGAGAAGGUGGAAACUUCCGAGGGGAAGCAAGGUCUAAUUCUCAAGACAAUAAAAUGGUGUCGUUCACUUGGUCAUCGAAGAAGCCGCCCCACCUCCAUGCCAAAAAGCGAAUCAUGGCAGCGGUCUAGGUCCACUGUGAAGCACCGAAUUGCACCAGGAGGCUACUUCUCGGUGUACGUUGGGCCUAACAAGGAACGGCUCAUGAUCAAGAUGGAGUGUGUGAACCACCCCCUCUUCAAGGACCUCCUUGAUGAGGCUGAGAUGGAGUAUGGUUUCAAGACUGAAGGGCCAUUGGAACUUCCAUGCGACGUCGAUCUCUUCCAUCAAGUCUUGCGCGAAAUCGACCAAGAGAUGACUGUUUCACCAGAGUGCGGCUUCACCAAAAUUUCUAAUGGAUAUCGGCUUCUCAGUCCCUCUUGUCUAUCUAGUCAUGGGUCACUUCGGAGCAUGAUCAUUAUCAGCAGCCUGUUCUGACGCUUUCAAAUAUCCU